AUGAUCACAUUUUCAGAAAAUGCGAUACAGGAGACACCGUUAACUCAAUUUGUGAUCAAGAAAUACGAAGACAGAAACAAACGCAUUGAGGAAAAAAGACGUGCCCGUGAGGAGGAGAGGCGUGCACGCGAAAAGGAAUGGCGAGCACGUGUAGAUAAGGAGGAAAAAGAAAAAAAGCGUGCACGUGAUGCUGAAAAAAAAGAAAAGCAAGAGCGAAAAGAGGUAAAAAAAAUCACCGAAUUUCGUAAUUCGAAAUUCGAUUGGAACCUCGAAACGGAAACUACGGUGCCGAGCAAAGAAAAAGAAAGAGUGAAAAGUCGAACUUAUCGUUUGAGUGAAGAGGAUCGCAGUGAUGCAGCUGGGAAAGAAAAUGAACAAAAUAAUCAUGAGAAAGAAAAGCAUGGCCGUUUAUCGAAAAGCAUGGAAUCCAAAGAUCCUGUGAAAAAACAGUCGGCGAAAAAACCUCCGGAAGAAUUUGUUCAAGCCGAUUCAGUGGAGGAAGCGAAGGAACCCCAAAAGGCGAAGGAAAAGACUGUGAAAAACCGGUCUGCCAAAAAACCUUCGGAAGAAUUUGUUCAAGCCGAUUCAGUGGAGGAAGCGAAGGAGCUCCAAAAGACGAAGGAAAAGAGUAAAACGAAGGAAGCCGAGAGAGCGAAUGGGAAGAGUAAAGUGAAGAAACUGGAAAAAACGAAAGAAUUAAAUGAUGAAAGUAAAGAAAAGAAAGACACGAAAGAUGACGUAGAAGUGCUCAGGUAUGUUAUUUUUAUACUCCCCUAG